AUGGCAACCAAGAUAGUGACUUACCGUACCAAGGAGGAGCAGACCCAUGAGAUGACACAAAGCAUGGAUCUGGCUUCUCAGCUCAAGAAGAGGAAGUUCAAGUCCAGCGACGAGGAAGCUUCCUACUCCGAAUUCUAUCCCAUCAUCCCCGGCGACAUCAUGUCUGUCAAGGAGAUCCUGACCACGCCAAAGUUUUCGCGCCACAGAACAUGGGAGGUUCUUAGAGAAACCAUGGCCAAUGAGGAGCUCCGAACAAGGAAUAAGUGGACACUGUUUGGCAAUGAAGCAGAGAAGGUGGAGAUUGAGGUCAUCAGAAACCAGCACGUGGUUCGAACCCGCGUUGAUCGCAUGGCUCUGCGCAGGGAGGCACAGAAGAAGGCCACAGCCCAUAAGAAGUACUUGGAGGAUCUGAGCUUGAAAGGCCCAGAUUUCCCCAUUCCACUGCGUCCACAUACUGUGUGGGAGGGAAUGAAGGUCAAACUGUCCUGUACUGUCCAGGGCUGUCCAACUCCUCACAUCACCUGGUACAAGAACGGGGUUCCCCUGAGUACCUCUCACCAACCCUGGAACUACAAGUUGUUGCAGACGCAUGGACUAACCUCCUUGGAGAUCAGAAGGUGCUCGAAGGAGGAUGCUGGAGAGUACAUGGCUGUAGCAAAGAGCCCUUUGGGGGAGGCUACAACUUAUGCCACACUGGUAGUGAACUCAUAUCAAGGAGCCGACGCUGGAUUGGACCGUUCCUGGACUCCGAUUCCCGCUCUGGAACAUGACGCUCAGUUUGAUUCUGUCUUUCCUCCAACGUUCGUGAAGGAAGGACAGGCUCUCACCCUACGCUGUAGCUUCACCUCUGAACUGCUGCCGUUCCAGCAGGAUGUGUCCUGGUUCAGAGAUGGGGUGCAGCUGAGGCAGUCUAGCCGUGUGGAGGUUCAGACGGCGCUCCGCUCCACCUCCCUGACUCUGAGAGGGGUGCAUAAGGAGCACGAGGGGGUUUAUUCAGUUCGCCUCAGGACCUGGGAUGGGGUAACUGAGCACAGUGCUUACAUCUAUGUCAGAGAUGGGUCGGCCGCUGUGUUAGGGGGCCCUGGUUCUCCUCUGCAUGUGCUAUGCUCUGAUGUAAAUAAGGACUAUGUCUUUCUUAGCUGGGAACCACCCAGUGCAGAUGGAGCUAGCCAAGUGCAAGGCUACUUCAUAGAGAGAUGUGAGAUUGGCGUAGGGGAGUGGGUGCGCUGUAACAACACCAUUCAGAAGAUUUGCCAAUAUCCCGUAACGGCUCUGAAAGAAAACACCUUCUAUCAGUUCAGAGUGUGCGCGGUGAAUCAAGCGGGCAUCGGUCGCCCGUCCAAGGCCACGGAUCCCGUGCUCACCUCUGACCCGACGGAACCCAGCAGGACCAUGGUUGUCAAGGUUGACAGAGGGAGAGAAAUUCAAAUCACCAAAGAUGAAUUGGAAGGUCAGAUUCGGGUGCCGUUCCCCCCUACUGAUGUACAUGUGUGUGAACUGAGCGACACCUACGCUGUGCUGAGCUGGACCGAGCCAGAACCACGCGGCAGAGAACCCCUUACCUUCUAUGUGGAGCGUUCCAUUGCUGGGAAGGAGAGCUGGCAUCUAGCCAGUCUGGACAUGACCAUCCGCUCCCCCAGGUUUUGUGCAUUUGACCUACAGAAAGGAGAAUCUUACUGUUUCCGUGUGCGCUCUGUCAACAAGUAUGGGGUCAGUGACUCCUCUGAGCCUAGUCAACCAGUCUCACUCGGAAAGCCUCAAACACCACCUGCCCCAGGUCAUAGUGUGCAAGCCAUCCGGGACACAAACACAUCUGUCCUGCUGCAAUGGAAGGAGCCCAAGGACAACCAAGGCAUUUUGGGAUACUAUCUCUACUACAGUGAAGUUGGAUCAAAUGUGUGGAACACUGUGAAUAACAAACCCACGGCCAACACCAGGUUCACAGUGCACGGUCUGUGCACUAAUAAGGAAUACGUGUUUCGGGUGAAGUCUGUAGGCAGAGCCGGGAACAGUCAAUAUUCUGAUGAGUCUGCUCCAGUCCUAGUCAAAGCAGCCAUACGUGUUCCGUCUCCUCCCAGGGCCAUCGGCCUGCUGCACUGCACGGGCAGUGAGAUGGUGAUUGGCUGGAGAGCCCCUGCGGACCAUGGGGGAGACCCUGUCCGCGGCUACUACCUGGACCAGAGAGAGAAAACCCAGGCCACCUGGAGAGAGGUUAACAUUAAGCCUGUCAAAGAGAGAGUGUACAAGGUGUGUAACUUGCUUGAAGGCCAUUAUUACCAGUUUCGUGCUUUUGCUGCCAACAUUGUUGGCAUUGGGAAGGCCUCUGAAUCAAGUGAGGCAUUCUUGUGUGAGGAAUGGACCAUGCCAGAGCCAGGUUGCCCAUAUGACCUGGAACUUAGAGAGGUCCGACAAAACACUCUGGUUCUGCUGUGGGCGGUGCCUGUGUAUCAGGGCCAAUCACAGAUCACCGGCUACGUGGUGGAAAUAAGCCAGGGGGAGGAGUCAGAGGACUGGACGGCAGUGACAGAAGAGCUUGUCACAGAUACACACUUGAAGGUAUCUGGUCUGCUGGCGGGUCAGACAUACCGUUUGCGUGUGUCGGCUGUUAAUGAAGCAGGCAAAGGCAUGGCCUCUCUUCCCACUGAGCCGGUCCUAACCCAGACCAAACCAGGAACCAGAGACGUCGAGAUUGGAGUCGAUAAUGACGGGUACAUAUUCCUGAGCUUUGAGUCGUCUGAUGUGAAUGAGGGGAGCCAGUUUUUGUGGAGCAAGAACUACACGGAAGCUAUCAAUGCUGGCAGGGCUCGCAUCGAGACGAAAGAUAACAAAUCCACUCUCACCUUCGCUAACGCCUCUGAGGAAGACCUCGGUCUGUAUGCUGUGGAGAUGAGUGACAACCCAGACAUCUCCUCCAGCUAUAACUUCACUGCAGAAGAUCUGGAGAGACUGACAGAACUAAGCUGGCACAUCAGAAACCCAUUGAUCGGCCUGAAGUCGGGCUGGCAGGUGGAGGUGUCCGAGCAGGGAGCUGUCCGUCUCUGGCUGCAGACAGAACCUUUAUCCGCAGCUGCGGAGCUCCGGCUCAUCUUCAACGACAGAGAAAUCUCCAGCACCCCUGCUCGCAAGAUAAACUUUGACAAAGCGAACGGUCUGGUGGAAAUCCUAUUUGAGCAGCUAUCGAGGGAGGACGAAGGCUCGUACACGGCCCAGCUAAAGGACGGCCGCGCCAGGAACCAGUUCACCCUGUGCUUUGUGGAUGAGAAGUUCCAACAAACGAUGGCCAAGUCUCAGGCUAACAGGAGGGACUGGAAGAGAAAAGCAGGGCCUCACUUUGAAGAGUUUUUGUCUUGGAAGGUGACAGAAGACUGCGAACUAGUAAUGCGAUGCAAGGUCACGAACGUAAACAAGGACACAAAGCUGAAAUGGUUUAAGGAUGGCGCUGAAAUCACACAAAUUGUUUACGAGCAGAGUGGAGUCAGCACCUUCACUGUUCCACAGGUGACUAAGAAGGAGGCAGGUGUGUACAGAGCGGUGGUGUCUGACAGCAGAGGAGAGGAUGAAAGCACGCUGGAGCUGCUGGACCAAGAGUUUGACAAGCUUAUGCAGCAGCUCUGUAAACAGUGUGCCCUGUCAGCUGGCCCAGUUAGGAUUCAAUGCACUGCAGAGGGCUUUAAGCUCUACUGCUCUCUGAAGUACUAUCUGAGCUACAUGAAGACUAGCUGGUUCUUCAAAGAGAAGAGGAUUGACCAGGAAGCGAGGACUAAGCCAGGCAGCAGUAUGCAGAAGGUUUGGAUUGAGAUAUUUAACCCUACUGAAAAUGAUAAAGGCAAGUACACCCUGGAAAUGUUUGACGGCAAGGAGACACACACGCGCUCUCUGGACUUGUCAGGACAAGCUUUUGCUGAUGCACUGCUGGAGUAUCAGAGACUGAAGCAGGUGGCUAUUGCUGAGAAAAAUCGGGCUAAAAUUACAAAGGGACUGCCAGAUGUGGUGGCCAUCAUGGAAGACAAGUCUUUGUGCCUGACUUGUUUUGUUGAGGGUGAUCCUGCACCAGAGAUGUUCUGGCUGAAGAACGACAGAGAGCUCGUCUCAACCGGCAAGUUCAACAUCGCAAACGAGCUGAAAUGCUCCACUCUCACCAUUAACGACGUGACCAUGGAGGACUCUGGCAACUACAGCAUCUUCGUCCGCAAUAAGUUCGGCAUGCAGACAGUCAACGUGACAGUGAGCGUGUAUAAACACGGAGAGAAGCCGCGAGCAGACGCCACUGAGAUGUAAGGAGAGAGUCACGGAGUGACAGGCCUGUUUGUGCCAAGAGAGGAAAAGGCCAUGUCACAUUAGUUUAGCCAAGUCAUUUAGCGAUGUAGUGACCUAAGAACCAAUCAAAGGUCUUGUGUCAUGUGGAAAGACAAGUGAAAGGUUCACUGAAAGACAUAGACAGCUCACUUUUCUGUUGUUGUUUUUUUUUGUUUGUUUUUUUCUUUGGUCUGUUUUCUGCUGUUUUGUAGCGCUGUCCUCGGGGAUUAAAAAUGAAAACAUAAGAAACAAAGACAGAGUUGCAGAGAAUAUCCUAUUAUAAUGUUACUGAAACAAAAGAACAACAAAAAACAGCGGUAAAUGACUGAUUCAACACUAUAUGAUUUGUUCUCAAUUAGUUGGCACGCUCAGACGCGCCUAACAUACCCACAACAUUGUAGAAACACUAAGUGUGCUUUGUAAAAAUCACAAAAAUUCUAACAACUGUAACAGCAAUUCAUAACGACCAUUUAUUUACCGGCUUUACUGUCAAUAGACAUAUGUCUCCUUUUUUUUUUCCCCCCUCAUAAUAACAAUAUUCCCUGAAUGUAACUCAGCAGGCCGAGAGCAUGCUGGGAGUGGGUU